AUGGCCAAUCUUUGGCCUCACCUAGUCAAUGCAUUGGCAUUGUUCUUAUUAGCCACCAAUGUAGCAGCAGAAGACAAGCUACAACCACCACCAUUAUUCCCAUCCCCAUUUCCACUACCUAAGCCUCCCCCACCAUCUCAAUCACCUCCUCUUACAUCACGUAAUCUUCUACCGCCAUUCUCAUUCCCAUUCCCAAUUCCACUACCUAGGCCUCCACACCACAGGCGUCCCCCACCACCACCACCACCCCAAUCUCCAUCACCUCCCCCACCAUCUCCGUCACCACCACCACCAUCUCCAUCACCUCCGCCUCCUCCCAAGAGGUCACCUCCUCCUCCUCCCAAAAAGUCACCUCCCCCACCAUCUCCGUCACCACCACCACCACCAUCUCCGUCACCUCCUCCUCCACCAUCUCCGUUACCUCCGCCUCCACCCAAGAAGUCACCUCCUCCUCCUCCCAAGAAGUCACCUCCCCCACCAUCUCCGUCACCUCCUCCCCCACCAUUUCCGUCACCACCACCACCACCACCAUCUCCGUCACCUCCUCCUCCACCAUCUCCGUCACCUCCGCCUCCUCCCAAGAAGUCACCUCCUCCUACUCCCAAGAAGUCACCUCCCCCACCAUCUCCGUCACCACCACCACCACCACCAUCUCCUUCACCUCCUCCUCCACCAUCUCCGUCACCUCCGCCUCCUCCCAAGAAGUCACCUCCUCCUCCUCCUCCUUCUCCCAAGAGGUCACCUCCUUCUCCACCCAAGAAGUCACCUCCCCCACCACUUUCAUCACCUCCUCCUCCUUCGAACAAGAAGCCGCCACCACCUCCCAAUUAA